CUGUCAAAAUUUCUUUUAUCAAAUAAAAAAUAACUAAAAAAAAUACCUCAGUCACUCUGCAAUUCCACUCAACCUCAAUCUCCAGAAAUGGCGAAAAAGCUCGUAAUCCUCCUAACUAUACUACAAUUCCUUCCAUUUCUCUGUUAUUCCUUUACUUCUGAAUCUGCUACACACCGCCGUGUCCUCGUCUUGUUAGACGAUUUCGCCAUCAAAUCAUCGCAUUCUUUGUUCUUCAAGUCCCUGCAAUCUCGCGGCUUCCAUCUCGAGUUUAAGCUCGCAGACGAUCCCAAAAUCGGACUCCAUCGUUACGGCCAGUACUUAUACGACGCGUUAAUUCUUUUCUGCCCCACCGCUGAGCUGUUUGGGGGACCAGUUGAUGUCGCUGCAAUUCUUGAUUUUGUUGAUUCGGGUCGUGAUUUGAUAAUUGCGGCUGAUAUUAAUGCCUCUGAAUCGAUUCGUGAAAUUGCCACCGAGAAUGGAGCCGAUUUCGAUGAGGAUCCUGCGGCUAUGGUUAUUGAUCACACUAGCUACGCGGUAUCGGAGAUUGAAGGAGAUCAUACGCUGAUUGCUAGUGAUGACUUCAUUAAGUCUGAUGUGAUAUUGGGCAGCAAGAAAAUUGACGCUCCUGUACUUUUCCAGGGGAUUGCUCACACGUUAAAUCCUGCCAAUACCUUGGUAACAAAAGUUCUCUCAGCUUCUCCUUCAUCCUAUUCAGCUAAUCCCAAGACCAAGUUGUCAAAUCCUCCAUCUCUUACUGGAACUGCUAUCUCUUUGGUAUCUAUAGUGCAGGCAAGAAAUAAUGCUCGGAUUUUGAUUGCUGGCUCAUUAAGCCUGUUCGGAAAUCGAUUUUUUAGAUCUGGGGUGCAGAAGGCAGGGAGUUCAACAAAACAUGAGAAAUCUGGUAAUGAGCAAUUUUUGGUUGAACUCAGCAAAUGGAUUUUCCAUGAGAGAGGUCAUCUGAAGGCUGUGAAAGUAAGACACCACAAAGUUGGGGAAGCAGAUGAACCUUCAUUGUACAGAAUCAAAGACGACUUGGAAUACUCAGUCGAAAUUUAUGAGUGGUCUGGAACAAGGUGGGAACCAUAUGUAGCAGAUGAUGUUCAAUUACAGUUUUACAUGAUGAGUCCUUAUGUGUUGAAAACCUUAUCAACUGAUAAGAAGGGUCUCUAUUAUACUGCUUUCAAGGUUCCUGAUGUUUAUGGGGUUUUCCAGUUCAAAAUUGAGUACAGAAGACUUGGAUAUACGACCUUAUCCCUAUCAAAGCAGAUUCCAGUCCGUCCCUAUAGGCACAAUGAAUAUGAAAGAUUCAUUCCUGCAGCUUAUCCUUAUUAUGGAGCAGCGUUUUCUAUGAUGGCAGGUUUCUUCAUUUUCACUCUAGUUCAUCUCUACAGCAAGUAGCUCGAAAGUUGUCUGAUGGGUUAGACAGCCUACUGAGGGCCUACCUCAAUCCCGCACCCUCCUCUAUGCCGCUUCCCUUCCCCUUUCCCUGCCCCUUCCCCCUGCCCUUUGAUAAAAGAAAGAGCAUUAUGAGUGAGGAAUUUUGAUAUGGCUUAAAUAAUUGUGAGGCUGAUGCAUUUAUACA